AUGACAACAAGUUGGUUUAAUUUAAUAACAGGCCUUGUGGUAUAUGCUGUGCUGAGUGGUUAUAUUACUACCUUAAAAAACAAGCAGAAACUCGACAUUUCGAGCGAAGGCCCUUCGUCAAGAAGGCCCUUGUGGUAUAUUGGCCCUUGUGGUAUAGUAGUCAGUGCGGCCAUUUACGGCUUGUGAACGUGCUCGGACAUUCGCUACAGAACCAACAGAUACCCAUAUGUUAGAGAGUAUCAUUGAACUCACAUUCUACCUUUGGCUAACCUACUCAUCUUCUUUCACUUUAGAAAGCGGAAAGCAAAGAAUGUGUUUUCAAAGAGUAUGUAACUGGGGAAUUCUUCAGUCAGUUUGAAACAUGCCAUAAGAACGACGAUGAUCUGGCUUGGCAUUUGUCGGUGGAUUCGAAAGGAAAAGUAACUGCCGAACCAGAUACAAAAGAGCACGGGGACAAGAAUCUAGAUUUCAUUGUUAAAUUGCCAGAGGAACAGGCGGUAUUCUGCAAGCAAAUGUCAGCAGAUCGUCGCAACCGUGCCGAAAAGCAACCAAUGAAGACGUCACAUACUAGAAAAACGAUGUCAUCUAUGGAAAAUACACAAUAUCAGCAAGGGUCGUGUGGAUCAAUUGUUCAACGAGCAUUCGCUUCUCGCGCUGUAGGUCAGCAGUGUGCUUCACGAAGUUCGGACGUUGUACAUCAGUCAUCAAGUGAUAGUCAGUACAGCCAAUCAGAGAGAAGUUAUUCCUUUACUGACUCUAUGGAGAUUGCAGGAUUCACAAGUGACUCCUCUCUUGAAAGUUUUAAAGGAAUGUAUGACGGAUGUUUGUAGGUACAUUUUACACAGUUACAAUAGGUUUCAAUAACGAAACAUUGAAUUGCACAAAACUAUGAAAUGAAAGAGAUUAUCCUUUAAACACAAUGUCGGCUUAAAUUGAAUAAUAAACUUUUAAUUUGAUUGAUUAAGUAGAC